CAGCCAUCAUGAUACGCGUCGCUGCCAUCAGCCCGAGUUGGCUGGCAUUUGCGCUCGAUUGCCGUCUACAUGCCUCGCGUCAUUUGUAUAGCCCCAACGGAGGGGUCUCAACCAUUUGAACCCUGUCCCUCUCCCCAGCGUCGGAGUCACUACCAUCUCCGACGCAUUGGAACCAAUUGCCUCGCCUCGAGCACUCCUCAACCUCUACAAACAUCUUGAAGAAGGCGGACGUAAACGCUGAGAAGACGAUAGAAGAAGAAGCAAUAUUGUGCAUACUCCCAGACAUCCCUAUCUCCGUGUCCUCACUGCAAGAUGCUGUUUCAGGACCUCGCAACGGAGCUCGUCCUCCAUAUAUUCUACUCUGUUUCCGAAGUCACUGACGUUCUCGCCCUCGCGUCCACCUGCCACCGCUUCCACAACAUUUACUCCUCGUCCCAGAAGCUCGCCAUUCUUGAGAACGUCGCCGAAACUCAAUACGGUCCUCUCCGGGACCUCACCCAGCUCUUGACUCAUAACGCCAGCCAGCCGGCCCAUUUGAUCCGGAAUGUUCCCUUCUCGGUUGCUAUCCUCAAGCAGAUCGUGCACGCCGGUCGCGUCGCAAGCAAAUGGUGCUACAUAUACCCGUUCAAGAAGUGGAAGGACAACUAUGAAAACCGGCGACUCCUGACACCCGAAGAGCGCUACCGUGUUAGGCGCGCAAUAUACCGCAUCUGGCUCUACUCUCGCGCCUUUCACAACGCCGACCAUCCUCGCGGGCAGAGGACUAUACUGCCAGUAGUGCAGAAACGGUCAGCACUUCUCCACAACUGGAGCACUGAUGAGCUUGCCGAGAUCGCCGACGUCCAUGCGGUGAUGCGCGACGUUGUCCAGAACAACAUCUGCCCUUCCAACGGCACCAUUAUCCGCAAAUUCAAAAAGCGAUAUCCGGACAGCAACGAACACCAUCUCCUCUUCAACCUCCACCUCAACUAUCCCUCAUUAGCGCCGCCGCUCUCAUCCAACAGCCCGUUCUUCGCGCCGUACCACACCACUUGCUCCCCAUUGCAAACGCACUUCACCACCACCCAAACCUACACCGAUCGCUACGCUUCCUCUAAAUUCAGCAUGCGUGCACAGUACAAUGUCGGCGCCGAGGGCUGGGGCGACGACAUUGUACACUACUACGUCGUCGAAGACAUGCUGAAGCUGGACCCGGAGCAGAUCAUGUGGUUGAAGGAGCAUGCGCCCUUCAAAGGCAUGGUGGAGGCGUAUGUAAGGGAGUUGGGCGAGUGGUUUGAAAAUAACGGGGAGACGUGGGGGCAGACGUUGCAGUGGGUGCUGGACGAGAGGGGGGAAGAUGUGGAGGAGUUUAUGGAGAAGGUGGCGGAGGGGGAGUGGGGGUGUGCGGUGAGAGGGGAGUAUUAG